GGGGGCUACAAAUCCGUUAGUACGCCGUGGAAGCUAGCCAAGGAGUUGGACGUGAAGCAAAAGAGAGAAAGUUUUUUUUUUCUAAAAAUGCCUCGAGAAUCUGGGUUAUUCAAGUGCCAAGUCGUUCUUCUUGAUAACAGUACUUUUACCACAAGUUUCGAGAAACGGAAGGAAACCAAGGGAAAAGAAUUGCUACGCCGUGUUUGCAUUGAGCUGAAUAUUCCUCCCCGCGACCAAGGUUACUUUGGCAUCCAGUCAACGAAAUGGGAAGAUGGAGCUUUGAGCUGGCUCGAAAUGGAGAAAGAUCUACGCUCACAGUUCCUUAAAUUAACAGGUUUCCAGUUUGCUGUUCGAUUUUAUCCUCGUAACAUUGAUCUACUUAGUGAAAUUUCGCGGGAGCUGCUAUGUUUACAAGUUAAGGAUUCUAUUAUACGCGGGAAAUUUCUGAAGCCAGUGUCAAUAGAUCAACAGGCUGUUUUGGACAGCUACUUUGCUCAGUUAAAACUUGGUGAUUACGAUUCAAAGAAAAAUUCUAAAGGGUAUCUUGUUAGGGAAAACAGCCGUUUUUUUGUGCCACCAAAUGGCCUGAACUCCGAUGGGGAGAUCAACGAAAGCGACUACGAAGAAAUAGUCAAAAAGAUGCAUAAGAAACUCAUCGGAGAGUCACCAGCGCGAGCCGGGAAUCGUUUUCUUAGAGCCGCCGAAAGCAUUCCCUUUUAUGGUAUUUGCACACACCACGGAGCAACUGACGAGAAUGGAAACUCAAUUGUUAUUGGCUGUUGCAACAGAGGGCUGAUUUUCUAUGAGGGCAAACCCGAUGGAGAACCGGGAAAGUUGUUGUCUGAAUUCGAGUGGCACGAAGUUAUCGGCGCACGUCAGCACGAGCAAAAACUUCACAUAUUAAGCUUGAAUAAUAAAGAAAAAGUUGGCGAGAAGUUAACAUUUUAUUUCCAUGGUGUGUUUGGGCAUACUUCCGCUAAAAGAGUUCUCAAGGACUUGAUUGCACACCAAAGGUUGUUUGACCAAUCCGAGAAUCUGGUUGGAGGCUACACUCGCCCAAGAUUAUUCUCGAUUGGGCGUACUAUUAAACGAUCUCUCAACCGGAAGAGAAACGCCACAUUCGAUGUGAAAAGCAACAGGCGGCAAAGCAUGUUCGGGAGGGUCAAGAGCUCACUGAAGAGGCGGAUUUCUGGGGCGGAACUUAACGAAAUAGAUGAGACCAAGCAAUCAUAUCGAGCAAGUGUGAUAACAGUAGAAGAAUGUUUGGAGGACAAUGUCUAAAUAACUCAGCGUCUUCGUUACAUAAUAAUCUCAAUAACCCCUUGCGUCGUGUUCAUUGUAAACAUCAUCUUCAUCACAAUAAGUUGUUUAACAGAACACUGAAUCGGUAGAGGGUAGGGUGGGGUUUGGGGGGAGUGGGGUGGGUUACGUUACACCCGUCGCUAACCUACCUGCCGUCAUUUUGUUACGUACAUACUUUUUAUUUGGUCUUUUUGCUAGGGUGGGACUAUUGGAAAGAAUGGUGGGGGUGGGGGGUGGGGAGGUUUCAGUCGUGCAUUUUUUUUUGUCUCUAAGACGGCCAUGAAUUUUUUUAAAUUGUUGCAUGUAUUUUGCUUCCUUACGCAUGCAUUUUAUCCAGGCUUUUAAUCGUGUAUGAAAUUUUUUUGUUCCUUACUCACCCCCACUCCCCUGAACGAGUACGUCCCUAAUUAUAAUCAUUGACAUCCCUAUCAUUAUGACUAUCCCUGUCCUUCUCAUCAUCACCAUAAUCAUCCUUAUCGUCCUCCUCAUCAUCAUCACUAUCCCAUCACCCUUACCAAUCAUUGUCAUCAUCAUUACAUCCUGAUCAUCAUCAUUAUCUUAUUAAGGAGAAGGUUUAUUCAUUUUGGCAGAAUACAAGCCUCAUUAGCUUUUGGUUACAACAUUAAAAAAUUAAAGUUGUCCUUUUUUUAUUGACAUAUAUUGAAACAUUACCUUGUUAUUAGAUGUAUAAUUUUACUGUUGAUUAAAAGUUCUGUUACAAAA